AAUACACAUUUGUCGGCACUUUACAAAUUCUACUCUCAAUUCCUCCCUCUUCCAUUAAGGGUCUAUAAGAAGCACAACUCCACCUGAAGUUUUUGUCUUCGUGGCUGAGUUUACUGAAUAUUUGCAGAGGCUAAGACUUUCUCAGCCUUCCAUAAGGAUGGACAUGAACAUACAAAUGUUGAAGCAGCUUCCAGAGCUAAAUCCAAACACCUUAGAGAAUUUCAGUGUCAGUAACUUCUCAGUUGACUCUUUCUUGGCCCACCACCAACACCCUCCUGAAUUUCCUGCAACUUAUUGUCUCAAUAAUCUUUCAAGUACUCUCCAUCACUCUGACAUCUUGAGUUCUGCACCAAUUGCUAAUAUCACUUCCUCCUCCAGUCAAAAUGGUUUCCCAGCUGACAACUGCAAGAAGAGAAAAGCUGAGCCACAAUCAACCAGCAGUUCAAAGAACAUCUCUCCCACUGCCUCUACUUCCAACACGAGGAAAAAGAACAAGUUAAGCAGAGGUAAAAAAGGGAAGAACAAAGAGAAAGAAGUUGACGAAGCAGAAGAAGUUAUUCAUGUUAGAGCAAAAAGAGGCCAAGCUACUGACAGUCACAGUAUAGCAGAAAGGGUAAGAAGAGAGAAAAUUAAUAACAAGUUGAGAUGUUUGCAAGACCUUGUUCCUGGGUGCCACAAGUCAAUGGGAAUGGCAGUUAUGCUAGAGGAGAUAAUCAAUUAUGUCCACUCCUUGCAGAAUCAGGUUGAGUUUCUUUCCAUGGAGCUUGCAGCAGCAAGUUGUUCUUAUGACCUCAACUUGAAAAUAGAAUCUUCCAAAAAGGCUCAGGGAACAAAUUCACCUGAGGCACAAGAGAGGCAGAAAUGGUGUAGAGAAGGAUAUGGAGAUCAGCUGGGUUGCUUCCAAGCUGCAUGGUCCAUUUGACUGCAAUUUUGGCCAAAAGCACAUGAAUAUAUAUGCUACCAAUCUCUUUGUCCGCCAAAUCAACUACGUCCCCCAUGCAUGCAGCAGACAUGCUAUUGAUAUGUCCAUUGCUUCUCAAAAAUGUCCAAGAAACAAAGUAUAAAAAAAAAAAAUAAAUUCCAAAAAAAAAAGGACUAUAUUUCUGUUUAUUUGUCAAAUAUCAAGAGCUUAAAUUUCUUUUAAUUCCGAUUUUGAAUGAAAUAAUUUGUGGGUUCUAGUUUGCUCCUGUGCAUGUAUUGAUGUUGAACUGUCGGCAACAGCACUGCUGGUCUUGACUUAUAUUAGAUUUUAAGUUAUCCUUUAAUUAUGCGUCAAUUUUUUAAGAUUCAAUUUUUGUUUUUG